AAUAGGAUCCCGAAUCACGCUCUGAGUGGAAAGAGCACAAAGAAAGCCGACACCGCAAGCAAAGCGGCCACGCAAAGUGUCGUACGCCAUCAGUGGAUCUUCAGGGCGACUUGUUGCUCCUUCCUCAGGGGAGCAUUAAAGCAGCAAAAUGCAGGUUGCGCUCAGUCUGCUUGCGCUGGCGUCCUUGGGCCCGCUUGUCAGCGGCGCCUCGGAGGCCGGAAACGCCACAGAGGUCGCUUUAAAAGAGUUGUCCAAGGCCGGAGAGACGGUGGUGGGCGAGGAGGUGAAGCGCGCCUUGUACGGCGUGGGGCAGAUGAGGGAGGCCAUGUGGAGAAACCAGCUCAAGCACGAGCACCUCAUGGAGUCUCUGCACCACAGCGGCGAGAAGAAAAAGGGAGCGGCGCGACUGGCCCAGGACGUGACGGAAAAGCUGCGGGAGGCCGAGGAGCGGUGCGGGGCCUCCUUGCGGUCGCAGUGGGACGAGUGCAGGCCGUGUUUGGAGGACGCCUGUAAAACCUUUUUCACCAACACCUGCCGCAGGGGUUUUGCCACCUUCCAGACCAAAGUUGAGAACUUCUUCCGUCGCGUGUCGAGACGCUUCAGCUUCAGCGAAGCGGCCGUGGAAGCGGACGACAUCCUGGCGAACCAGGAGCCGGACGGCCCCGAUGCCGAAGCGGUCCGCAUCCAGGACGCCUUCGCCCGCCUGAGCCGCAAGGUCGGGUUGCUGGUGAACCGCAGCGCGGCCCUGGCCUCCAGGAUGGGCGACGGACUGGACCGGGCGGUCCGCGUGGCUCUCCUGAGCGCGCCGAGCCCCGCGCCGGCCCCCGACGACCCGGCCCGCGACUCGGGCUUCCUGCGGGGCGUGGGCCUGGAGGAGGUGCUGGACUCUUUCUUCGACUUUGGCCGCAGCGUGGUGGAGGAGUUUGGGGCGGUGGUGACGGGGGCGUUUGAUGGCCUCCGCGCAGCGCAGCGGGGGCCCAAAGACCCAGAGAAAACCCUCCCGCAGAACGGCAGGUUGUGCCGAGACCUGCGCAAACAGUCGUCCGAGUGUUGGCGGCUGCAGAACCGGUGCGAAGCUUGCCAAGGGCCAUUGGGAACAGAAUGUCCCGGCGUGAGCGAGCUGCACGCGGAGCUGCGGCGGGUGUGGCAACUGCUGGCCGUGUCCAGGGAGCAGUACGACGAGGUCCUGUCCAUCGUGCGGCUCCACGCCGACGAGACGCUGGGCUGGCUGAGCGACAUGGCCGCAGAGUUGGGCUGGGUGGCGCGGGCGGACGCUCAAAACGUCUUCCGCAUCACCAGGGUGGUGCCAAAGAGCCAAGACAAGAACAGAUCAGAGGGGGAGACCCAAGUGGAGGGAAACGUCCUCAACUCUCCCUCGUUGGUCUUCUCCGUGCCGGGGGAGCUGAACGUGCACGACCCGGCCUUCAUCCGGUACGUGGCCCAGGAGGCUCUGGAAAGGUACAAGGAGAUGAUCAGGUACCAGGAGGAUGAGUAAACAACCCACAACAGAGGUCCGGAGAGAUGCAGAAUGUCAACAGCUUAGCUGUUGGGGGAGGGGGGGACACAAGAUUCCAUUUCCAUGACAUCUAAAUGGUACAUUUUGAGGUUUACUAGUAGAAACGACAGCACGGCAAAAUCUAAUUCAACUUUUAUUGAUUUUUUUCUGUACAAAAAUUCUAUUAGUUAGCAUUAUUUUUCUCCUUCUCUAGUUCAAGUCCUAGCUUUCAGAACAAUCACAUCUUAGGUUCUCCGCAGCCGAGCAUACAAACAAAUUGAAUUGAAAACAAUGAAAAAGUUCACAUCUUCGUCCGAACCGUUGUCAUCGUGCACCUCUGGACCGACGUUUGGAAAAUGAAAGGUUGAGGGAAGCGAAACACAAACUCGACAUUGUUAACGCCGAUAUUUUGUGGCAUGAAAAUGAACAAAACCAUACUAAGCAGAGCAGUGAUUUUUUUUAGUACUCAAGUCUGGUGUGUAAAGCCUGUCAAAUAUACUGUCACUGAUUCACGGACAUUUUUUUUAGCUUAGACAUACAAGUGAUGACAUUCGUACCGUAUCAGACCUUAUAUGGUAUUGUGCAACUCUCCCAUUGCAAAACUGUCACUGUUAUG